AUGGCCGUCGAACUAGCUGCCUUGUCCUUCGUCUCCGUCGUACUCCUCAGUGUGUUUAUCCCGGUCAAGCGCGUACGCACAAGUGUUCCUAGCCUAGCCAUUCUGAUAUGGCUCAUUGGAUGCAAUCUUGUGCACGGGAUCAACGCGCUUAUAUGGGCUGGUAACGUCAAUGUCCAAGUUGUGGUGUGGUGCGACAUCGUGACAAAACUCGUGUUGGGCGCCAACGUUGCGUUGCCUGGAGCAUUUUUAUGCAUUUCACGCCACCUAGAGUUGAUAUCCUCUAAGAGGAAAAUCGAGACUGACUUGAAAAUUAUACGAUACCGGACGCUUUUAGAGUUUUUAUUCUGUUAUAUCAUCCCCGUAAUCUACAUGGCCCUACGUGCGUGGUUUCUCCCUCUUCCUGGCACCGCCAACUGA